CAUUGACAAAAAGGGCAUCUAUCACUACCUGGUGAAGUGGCGUGACCUCUCCUACGACCAGUCUACCUGGGAAGAGGACGAGAUGGCCAUCCCCGAAUACGAGUACCACAAGCAGGCCUACUGGUCACACAGAGAGCUCAUUAUGGGGGAAGAUCCAGUCCAGCCUAGGAAGUACAAGAAAAAAAAGAAGGAGUUGGCCUCAGACGACCCACCGACUUCCCCCACCAACGACCCCACGGUGAAGUACGACAGCCAGCCGCGGUUCGUCACGUCAACCGGGGGGACGCUGCACAUGUACCAGCUGGAAGGCCUCAACUGGCUGCGCUUCUCCUGGGCGCAGAGCACGGACACCAUCCUGGCGGACGAGAUGGGCCUCGGGAAGACCAUCCAGACCAUCGUCUUCCUCUACUCGCUCUACAGGGAGGUAAGGCGGGAGAAGCGACGUUUCAUUUGCAGAGUCCGUCAGGGAGUUUCAGUUUGA